UCUGUUUACACUCAAUUAGUCUCAAUCAAUUAAAGAAAUCAUUAAAUAAAAAAUUCUAAACCAAAUUGUAACAAGUAAUGUAUAUCAGCAGAAAGUAGAUAACAAGGGCUGUUUGCUGCCACCUUGUGCCCAAGAUUUGAAUAACUGUUCUAGCCGUUGGUCUCCAAUUUCUACUCACUGAAAAUGCUUCGCAAAACUCCAAAAUAUGUGAGGAAGAGGAAGGUGUUCAAAGGAGAUCAAUACCAGAUAUUACAGAAGAGUAACAUGAAUUCUGGAGAGGUGCCAGAAGAACUAACAGCUAAUUCAGAGAUCGAGGAAGCUUUCCCUGAAUAAGUGUUUGGACAGCCCUAUUUUUGGCCCUGGUCCCACAUGUGAAGAUCCGCGUCAUUAGUGGCCCACAACUUGCAGCUGCUUUGCAAAAGGCUCACGUGUGUCUGGGAGGGCAUCUCAUUCCUCUGGAGAAUUUGUCAAAGAGGAAUGGGUUGAACUGCGCCAUGGUCCUUGGUUGCUUCAUUUGCAAGAAGGAGAGGACAUUAUCUUCAUCAGAAAAUGAAAACGAAGGACGUGGAAAGUCUGCAGAAAUAAACAGCAGAGCUACUCUGGCAACAACGGAGGUUGGUUUGGCACGGGAUAGCUUGUGCGACUUGCUGACCAUCCUCGGAACAGCCCCACUAGUCGAAGCCCCUAGCUACAACAGGCACAUAGCCACUUUAUCUUCCUUAUCCCAAGAGACCAGUAAGGAUCAGAAGAAGAAGGUGGCAGCAUGCCUACGUCAAAGGGCCAUGGACAAGGAUCUGGCAGUGCCCUACGAUGGAACAUGGCAUAGACGAGGUUACACAUCGAAUCAUGGGGUGGGGGUAGUGAUACCGAUCGAUACAGGGGAGAUUUUUUGACACAGAGGGUCUAUCAAAAUUAUGUAAACAGUUUGAGUAUAGAAAGGGUUGGGUCUUCAGUGUUCUCAGCCAGAGGGACCUUGAUCGCCUUCAGAGACUCCAAAACUGAGCAGCAAUGCUUGUCUUUUCUGCUCCUCUACGAACUCACAUACAACCUCUUUGACUUGAACUUCAUUGUACAUGUUUAUACAAUGUUUUAGAACAUUUCUGUGCUGCAACUCAGUGCCUUAGUUUUUAUUGUACAUGUUUAUACAUUUUUAACUUGCCUUUCAUUUUAGUCAUGUUUACAUACACACUAUAUAUGACAUUUUAGUUAUUUAGAGGAACUAGGGUGAUAUAUAUGUGGGUAUUUAUUACACCUUAGUAGAAUAAGUCCAAGUAAUGUGUUGCAAUUAUGAACUUGCCUUUCAUUUGAGUUUUUAUUGUACAUGUUUAUAAAUGUUUUAGAACAAUCCUGUGCUGCAGGAUUUUUAACUUGCCUUUCAUUUUAGUCAUGUUUACGUACACACUGUAUAUGACAUUUUAGUUGUUUCUUUUUAACUUGCCGAUUAUUUAGAGGAACUAGGGUGAUAUAUAUGUGGGUAUUUAUUACAUUUUAGUAGAAUAAGUCCAAGUAAUAUG